AUGUGCCUCCUUAUGCGGUCACUCGAGCAGAUAAAACCCCCGCACUUUAACACUAUGAAUCAAGAAAAACUCGCCAAACUUCAGGCUCAGGUCCGGAUAGGAGGAAAGGGAACCGCUCGCAGGAAGAAAAAGGUUGUUCACAAAACGGCAACAGCUGACGACAAAAAGCUGCAGGGCUCUCUGAAGAAGCUGGCAGUGAACAACAUCGCAGGGAUAGAAGAGGUGAACAUGAUAAAAGACGACGGAACAGUGAUCCACUUCAACAACCCCAAAGUCCAGGCCUCUCUGUCCGCUAACACCUUCGCCAUCACGGGCCACGCUGAGACCAAACAGCUGACAGAGAUGCUGCCAGGCAUCCUGAGCCAGCUGGGAGCCGACAGCCUCAGCAGCCUGCGCAAGCUGGCCGAGCAGUUCCCACGGCAAUCAGCGAUGGACAUGAAAGCUGUCAAGGAGGAAAAUGCAGAAGAAGAGGACGACGACGUACCAGAUCUCGUGGAGAACUUCGACGAAGCCUCAAAGAACGAAGCAAACUGAUGCAUUUUCCUCCCCUCAGUCAACCGUUUUUAAUCCUCUCGCGGACUCACUUAAGGGCAUUUCCUCUGGAGGGGGAAUGGUAGUCCAGAGUGUGUCACUCCGCCUCCAGAACGAGAACCUCCAGUUUCUUCUGCCCCCCAACAACCCAGAAAGGCCCCGAUCCCAGCCAGUGGUGGUUUUUGUGGACAGCUGUCUGCACCCAAAGGACUCAACCAACUUCAGAAAUAAGUUUGUGAUAUAACCCAACACAGCUGGUAUUUAAGAGAUUCUUUAUUGAUUUACAAUUAAAGUGAAAUAAUGGUUCGCUUAGCAUUAUAAUGGUGGCUAUGAAUUUAAUAAAACGUUUUUGGGCUA